GCCCAGUAGGCAUGGCUGCAGCUGCUGCCGUAGCAACGGGCAAGAAACGCAAGAGGCCCCACAUCUUCGAGUCCAACCCGUCCAUCCGCAAGAGACAACAGACACGCCUUCUGAGGAAACUGCGAGCCACCCUGGAUGAGUACACCACCAGAGUUGGCCAACAGGCCAUCGUUCUGUGCAUCUCUCCCUCCAAACCCAACGCUUUGUUCAAGGUGUUUGGUGCUGCGCCGCUGGAGAAUGUGGUGAGGAAGUACAAGGGCAUGAUCCUGGAGGACCUGGAGAAUGCCCUGGCCGAGCACGCACCCCCCGGGGGGGAACUAACCUCUGAGCUGCCCCCCCUCACCAUUGACGGCAUCCCCGUCUCUGUGGACAAGAUGACACAGGCCCAGCUUCGAGCGUUCAUCCCAGAGAUGCUGAAGUAUUCGACGGGCAGGGGCAAGCCUGGCUGGGGCAAGGAGAGCUGCAAGCCCAUCUGGUGGCCAGAGGACAUCCCCUGGGCCAACGUGCGCAGCGACGUGCGCACUGAGGAACAGAAACAGAGGGUGUCGUGGACGCCGCUGCGGACCAUCGUGAAGAACUGCUACAAGCAGCAUGGGCGCGAGGACCUGCUGUACGUUGAGGACCAGGUGCCACAGCACACGGCCAUGACCACAGCCACCCACAGCAUCACCCACCUGGUGCCCUCACAGACCGUGGUGCAGACCAUCAGCAACCCCGACGGCACCGUCUCCCUCAUACAGGUGGGCACAGGGCAGACGGUGGCCACUCUGGCCGAUGCCUCGGAGCUGCCAGGCACAGUGACCGUGGCCCAGGUCAACUACACUGUGAACGACGGAGAGUUGAUGUGUGGUGAGCUUUCUGGCGCAAAGGGGCAGUCCAGACCACACCCAGGUGGGUUCUACACAUUGGUCAUGGAUGAGAAUAUGUCGGUGUGUCGCACGUUACCGAUGGAGGUGUCGCCACAGUUUAUUGUUGAGCAGAACUGGGCGACUCUGCAGGGUGGGGAGAUGACCAUACAGACCACACAGGCGUCCGAGGCCAAUCAGGCGGUCGCGUCCCUCGCCGAGGCCCUGUCGGCGCCGUCCCAGGAGAUGCAGCAGGGAGCCACCGUCACCAUGGCACUUAACGGUGAGGCUGCGGCCCAUGCCGUGGCGACGCUGGCUGAGGCCACCCUACAGGGAGGAGGUCAAAUCGUUCUGGCCGGGGAAACGGCGGCUGCUGUAGGAGCACUGACUGGAGUGCAAGAUGGCAGCGUGACGUACCACACAACCCCUCAACAACUAUUGUCAGGCCUGGUGCAGAUCCCAGUCAGCAUGUACCAGACGGUGGUUACCAGCCUAGCCCAGGGGAACCGGCCCGUACAAGUGGCCAUGGCGCCCGUGGCCACACGCAUCGACAACACGGCACACUGGACGGCCAGGCAGUAGAGG